AUGCCCCGCACCACCGCCACCACCACCACCACCACCACCACGGCGUCCCCCCAAAAGGUCCAGUGGCCCGCAACCUUCACAGAUGGCCUGCCCCUGCCCAAAAUGGUCGUCUUCGACCUCGACUACACCCUCUGGCCCUUCUGGGUAGACACCCAUGUCACAGCCCCGCUCAAGCCCACCGAGGGCGGCCUCAAGGUCAAGGACCGCUACGGCGAGGGCUUCGCCUUCUACACCGACGUUGGCGGCAUCCUAGAGGCACUCAAGGCCAAGAAUAUCCUUAUCGGCGCCGCUUCUCGCACCUGCGCCCCAGACCUCGGCCGUGAAAUGCUCAAGCUGCUCAAGAUACCCAGUCCCUCGGGCUCGUCAUCCCGCGCAAUCGACUUGUUUGACCAUUUGCAAAUAUAUCCCGGUAACAAGACGACGCACUUUGAGCGCAUACACCGCGACAGCGGCAUUGCCUUUGAAGACAUGCUCUUCUUUGACGACGAGAGCAGGAACAAGAAUGUCGAGGUCCUGGGCGUCACCAUGCAGCUUAUCCGCGACGGCGUCACAAGAAACGAGAUUGACAACGGCGUUCGCGCCUGGAGGAGGAGAAACGGCAAGACGAAUGUAUCGACCGCCUGA